CAACUCUUUUGCGUGCGUCAGCGGCGUCGUGCGCGCGCCCAUUUUUACGCACGUCUCCGGUGUGCGUGCUGCAGGUGUAGCCCUGGCCCCACCCACAAGGCAAACUGCUGUCAGGCAGAAAGUUGAGGCUGUCAGUCCCAGCAGAGCAGCGCCGCAGAGGGAGCGUCAACAGCAUCCAGAGUUCCAGAGAAACAGAGAGGACUUCCCUGCUUCGCUCGACAAACUACGGCAGCUGAUAGAAGCCAAAGUUCACAUCCUACAAUCCCCCAGCACUGAGGAGCAACAGGGUUCGGUGUGCGAGGAGAACCCAGGGAGAGGAGGACUGUGGAGGUUUGCAGCUUUGAGUGAAGAACUGACCUUUCACCUCCAGCAGCUGCAGAGACAGACAGAGCAGGAGCUCAGCAACAUACACAUACAACUCUUGCAGAUUGAAGGCCGUCAGCACCUGCUCGCCACUGAGCUUUUUAAUCUUCGGGAGAAGAAGAAACAGACCGAACAGGAGCUGCAGAGAAACUCCAGCCUUCAGGCGUCCACUUUUCAGCUGUGUGCUUGUCGCGAGCUCCAGGCCUCCAUCACCGAGCGUUUGCUCCAGUCAGAGAGGCUGGUGUUCCAAGAGGAGGCACUGAGCGCGCUCCGUAACCUACUGACCCAAGACCUGCAGAGGUACCAGGAAGAGACGCAGAAACUAACCUGCUUCACACAGAAAAUACUCAGACAAUCCCACAGGUCAGAGGAAACAUACAGCAGCAGGCAGAGUGACCGCAGCAUGCAGGGAAAGAACGAGACAGAACAAGAAAACAACAUGCAAUCGCCCAAGUCCUAUUCCUCCCAAUCACCCCUUAGUCCUCACACCAAAGAAGAGGCAGAGCAGGCCUGGAGAGCCAGUCACAAGAAGCCGUCUGCAGGCCUGUCCCGCACUUCAAACCUGCACCGAGCCGGCAGCAUCAAAGACCUGAUCAGUAAAUUCUCUGGUCAGGAUUACAUCUCUUCUUCCGGAUCUCCAAAGAGCCCCACUUCUGGAGCAGAACGAGUCCUAAAGUCUGUUUCCAUGGAGGCUCUCGCGUCUCCGAAGUCCAAGUCGAGUCCAUCCACACCGACCAGUGUCGGACAAGAAGAGAGUCCAGUUCCCAGCAUCACUGUGACCCCUCCGUUCAGGGAAAGCAGUCAGAACAGGGUGCAACCAGCUCAGAAAGAUCCUAAAACUAGUCAGAUCACUGCAAGAAUCGAUUGUCCAGUAGGAGGCAGCGCUGAGAAGACCGAUUCAAAACCAAGGAACCAAAUGCAAACCACACACUCUGGUAGAGACUCGGUGGCUGACUCCGGCAUGGGAUCGGAGACUGAAUUCGAUUCACACAAGCAGCCAGACAGCCCAUCAGAGGACGAGCCCUCCACACCACGGGCCGUGCCGACCAGCCAGAACCCAAAAUAUCAGCUGUUCCUCAACAACGAGAUGAGGACCAAUGGGGUGAGCAGCAGGGAUGCAGAUGGUCCGGGAAGCGGCGGGUCGGUGGGGGAGAACGGCCCCAGGCUGGCCCGAUGGGAGACCAACCGGCUGGGGACGAACCACUACCGAGGGUCUCUGGAGUCCCUGGCCUCGAGGGACUGGGACACUAUGUCUGAAAGGUGUGGUAAUGUUGACAGCUCUCCCAGGGUGUUCAACAGUCCGUAUGCCACGGCCACCUCCAUGGAUUACAACCCCAUGUACCGAAUGUCUGAGUUCAAGGGUGGACUGUCCCCUGCCACCUCAGAGAUGAACCUGUACGGCUUCAACAGUCGCAGCACCAGUCCAGUGGGCAUGGGCACUCCCACCCUCACCUCCCGCCCCCGCUUCUCCACCUACGACACCCUGGUGAGGAGGAGGACCGAGAUCAACAGCACUGUGGUGCCCUCCCACACCCACACCCACUACAGCAUGCGCUCUGCCACUCUGGGAGCCCCCAAUAAAAAAGACUACAUAGAGGAGUUGACCAAGCAGCUGGACGCCUGCCAGAAGCGUAACCAGUUCCUGGAAGCAGAGAGUGUGGAGAUGGAGAAGGAGAGGAACCAGAUUAGGUUUGAGAUGCGCGGCCUGCUGGUGAACAACGAGGACCUGCUGAGGACCAACACUCAGCUGACCAACGAGCUGAAGAGGAUGAGAGAGCAGAUGAUAGAGAUGGAGAGAGAGAAACAGUCCAUGGGCGAGAAAGUCAGAGAGAUGGAGAUUGAGGUGAAGGAGGCCCGGAACGUGAUGGUGGAGGCAAACACUCAGGAGUACGCCUUCAAUUUUCUGGAGCAGUCGCUCAAAAACAGGAUCCAGGAUGCUGAGGAGAACCUGGAGAAGCAAACGCAGCACGCCAAGACUCUGUCUGAGAAGUUGUGGCUGACAGAGAGACAGCUGGAGGAGCUGGAGGUCAACCAAGGAACCAGAGACAAGAAGACAUCUGAACUCAACAGCACCAUCUUCAGGCUGGAGAUGGAGCUGGGCGAGGCCCUGCAGGUGUCCACGCAGGCUACAGCAGAGCUGAACCUGCAGCAGAAGCUGCGUGAGGACAGCACGCUGAGGGUGGAGGAGCUGGAGGAGUCUCUGCUGGAGAAGGAGCAGGAGCUGCAGAGACUGCAGGCCCUCGUCAACAGACUGCAAGGAGAGGUCUCUGGUAAGCUGAUUGAUAAGGAGCAGACGCUAGAGGAGGAGAUCCAGCUGAGGGAGAAGAUACAGCUGCAGUGUAAGCAGGCGGAGAGGAUGGUGGACGACCUCCACAUGGAGCUGCACACCGCCAACCAGGCCAAAGAAGACCUGAUCAAACAAGUCAAACAGGCUCAGGAGAAGAUGAUCGACCUGGAGAGCGAUCUGGAGGAGCUGCACGACAGCGAGCAGAGAUGGGCCGCCAAACACAAGAGAGCCAUCGAACAGACUGAGCAGCUGCAGCUGAAGCUGAUCCAGGAGAAAGACCUCAACGAGCUGCUGGAGACUGACAAAGCUGCCAUGGAGCGACAGCUGCGUGAGCUGCGUCUGGAGGUGGAGGAGCUUCACAGCUCCAGAGUUCAGGAGGACGUUAUCUCCAGGACGGAGAGCAGAGUCAAAGAGCUGGAGAACACUCUGAGGACCGAGGAGAGGAACAAAGCAGUUCUGACAAACACCAUCAGUAAACUGGAGAGGAGGAUCAACGAGCUGAGUGACCAGAUGGAAGAGGAACACAGGAUAGCUACUGAACAGAAAGACCUGAUGACCCAGAGGAUCCGCUCCCUGAAGCGCCAGGUGAACGAGGUGGAGGAGGAGGCGAGCAGGAAGGAGGCGCAGCACCGCCACACCCAGAGAGAACUGGCCGAGGAGAGGGAGACAAGCAGCCGUCUGCAGAGACAGCUGCUCGACCAGCACAUGCAGACAAAGCGUAAGGAGACUCUGACCAUUCGUCAGACUCUGGACAACCUGAGGCUGGACCUUAGUGUCGACGAUGAAGACGACGAUCAGCUGCCGCAGCAACAGACCACCAGCGUCACCAAAGUCUAAACCCUCACCCUCCUUUUCUUCCGUUCUACAAAACAUAAAGCAUCUUCACACUGACAGCGUCAGGGUGCGUCCACAUGUGACCAAGCUGCCACUUUAUUACAGCCAGGAGGCAUUCAGUCCAUUCUAUUGUGAUCAACACUCAACUUCUCAGGAAAGAACAGUAUUGGCUGAGGAUGAGGAGUUCAUAUUCAUCAUCAGGAGUUUCAGCUAUUGAGGGAAAUGGCUAGACAAGAAAAAAGAAGUGUUCAACUUUUUCCCCCAGCAGGAUUUUUUCUUUUGUCACUGUCGGCUCCAUUUUGCUAGAAGUUGCAAAUGUUGAUGAACACUUUUUAGUUUUUACAGAUUGUAUUUCCCAGUAAUCUCCUAGGAAGUGUCCUGGAAAGAACUGUGUAAUCUGGUACUAAUUACAGGAGAAAAACAGACGAAAUCAUUCAUUUUCCUCCAUUUAAACACGUGUAUAUAAAUCUAUAAUGCAUUUAUUACUGGAAACCUUAUUCUCCAUACAUGUUGAGUUGUAGACCUGCUAGUAGACCAGUUUGACUAAAAACACCUUAUUUUUUUCUACCAUUAGUAUCAAAUGACCUAUUUCUUUGCAGGAAACCUCUGAUGAAAUUGUUAGGAAAUUACCUUACAGAUGUAUUGCCCUCUCCUGGUGGCCAGCAGGAAUUACAACAGUAAUCUAUUCAUAAACACUCACAAAGAGCAGUGUAUACACAGCCUCACUGUCAGUGUGACUGACUCAGACGCACAAUGAAGACAUGUUUAACAUUAUCUUUUCUCCUUUUCUAUUACAUAGAAUAUUAAAUAGAAGAAAAUAAUAUAAAAAUAAAUAGAUCGUGCCUUGGUAAUGAAUGCGCAGGAGCUUGGUGCAGAGAGACAUAAAGGGAAAGCUUGCUGUGGACAAUAAUGGCAUACAGUAAUAAGGAUUUGAUAAAGGUGCCUUGUUGUUUUUAAUCUGUUCUCGCUACAACAAACCAAAUGAGCUUUACACAGCCAGAAGUACAUUCUGGAGAGAGGAAUUUCUACAUUAUCCAGUUGCACAAAAGCUUUAUGGAAAAAUAUAUUUUUGGAAAAAGUUCAAACUCAAAGAAUCAGCGGCUCCUUGUAAAUGUGACAAACUUCUCAGAUUUUGCGUUGUUUGUUUUUAUUUGUUGGAGCUUUGCUGAUUUCCCCUGUUAGAAGCUGUGUAGUUUAACACAUUCACCUGCAGUAUUUGAACAUAUUCCACACUGGUUGCUGACACACUACUGACUGCAGAGGAGGGACCUUUGGAUGUGAUUGUAGCUGUUUUUGAUUAACACACAAUUACGAAAUUAUUUAUAUUGAACUUUGUUAAUGUUGUUUUUAUGAUUUGAAGAUUAUUGAACGUUCUGUGUUUGCAAUUGCUUGCGGGGCAAAGAAAUGAUUGUAGAGAAUUACAUUUUUUUGUAUUGUUUUAGAGAUGUGUUUUGUUAAAGGGGUUUACCGCUGUACUGAUACUUGCUGUGCUUCCCACAUACAGUAUCUGGUUAUGAAAAAAAAAGAAAAUCUCACUACACACUUGGCAUUAAAUCUGCAUCUUUAUUCAUUUUAUCAGAAUUCACUAAUUUCACAAAAAUAAAAAAGUUUUAAAAUGUUUAAAAACAGCUGAGACGUUUUAGCUCUCAGAAGUAGAAUAAAUGUCUGAGUACAGUUUGGAUCCAAGAUGUGUGUUAAUGCAACUUGUGGAAGAGGAAAAAAAAUAGAAUAUUAAUUAGAAACACAGUUUAUAUGCUAUGUGGUUUUCUGUAGCAUCUGUUUAAUGUGUUGUAUGCUCCUAUUUUGGAAGAAAUUACUUUUCUUUUCCCUUUAAAAGAAAACUAAGCGCACAGACAGAAACAAACAGGGCUCGGUUGUUGGUUUCGUUCUCAGAUACUGACUGUGGCCAAAAAGUUAGCCAAAACUUAAAGAAUGAAAGAAAAUAAAGAAUGCUCACUUCCUCCUUCUGAUUGAACGGUGAGUACUUUGAACCCAGGCAACCGUCCAUGCUCGCUGCUUGUAGGACGUCUGUCGUGAACACAUAAAGCUAAUACUCAGAUACAGUUUGGAUUCUGUUAUGUUUACAUUUGUUGGUGUCUUUUGCUGUAUUGGAAACAGGAGUAUAAAUCAUAUUUCAGCUGUUGGGAAUGUAAUUGCUACACCGUGUCACUAGUGUUUUAUUUUUAAUUUUUAAGGAAAAAGCGAGGGUGUCUACACAUAUGUAAAAAGAAAUUGAACACACUGACUUAUUUUUGUAACUACCUUCAUUCUACCGGUUCUGCUGUUCUCGGGUAUUUAUUUUUGUUUUUCCGAUUCUCUCUUUUGGUGAGAAGUUUCUUAGUACAAAUUGCAAGUAAAGUCUUCUCCACUCUGAA